UCCUGCCUGUCUGUCCUGUCCUCCCUGCCUCUGGCCACUGGACCACCCCUCAGCAAGACGUCAGCAAAGGGGGCGGGCUCUGCCCUCCAGCUAGUGGGGGAGCCCUCGCUGUCCCCAGCCACCCACACAGGGCUUCGCUGUCCCCAGCCACCCACACAGGGCUGCGACCUUGGCACAGCCUCACCCCCCAGCUGCCAGCCAUAGCCAGGCCCGUUCCGGGCUGGCGGGGGUGAGCCACUGGGCUCCUAAUCCCUUAGGCAGGUGCCCCCUCUUGCAGGGGUGGGGAACCCGUGGCCUCUGGAUCCUUGAGUGAGGCCUUUUGACUGAAUCCAAAUUACACAGGGAUUUGUUCUGUGAAGUCUGGAUUUGGUUGAGGGGCCGCACUUGGGAAUCUGGGGGGAGCUUUGGUUCCGGUGGGUUUGUCAAGGAGCGGGAUUAUCUACUCAGAGUGGGCAGAGAUAAGGGUUUCAGGGACUAAAAAGAACAUUUGUUUGGAAGAUGCUAGAGUGUCUAUGCCCUGUGCCAGGACAGACUGACACAGUGGGCUGGGGACCGGCCUCCCUAAGCACCCCAGCCCCCUGGCCUCUGGCGCGGGACUCCAGCGCACACACAGCCCUGCCCACUUGCUGAGCCUUGGCACCCAGGCCACAGGGGGUGAGCUUCUGGGUGUCCUUCCUGGGGACCGUGCCUGAGCUGAGGGCUGGGGACCAACACCCCAGAGAGGCAGGGUGCCUGUCAGCCUACGUGCCCCCAGCUGCUGGGCAUCCCGCCCGCCUGCAGGGGAUGGGCGGGGAUGGGUGCAGGCAGCUGGGCCAGGUGCUUGCUGCAGGGUGCAACUCGAUCGCAGCCUAUCGCAGUGGGCUCUGUCCCAGGUGGGCAGGCCAGCUGCCGCAGGGCAUCCCAGGGGCAUAAAUGCUGCAUGAGGGGACCUCCCCGACACUGCCCUGCUCUGGCACCUGCGGAGUGGCCCUGCCCGCCAUCCGCCACGAUGCUGCAGGCUCUGCUGACCGGCUCCUUCCUCAUCCUGUUCGGACUGUCCCCAGGCCAGGCCCAGGUCCCCAUCCAGGCCAACUUUGACGCCAGCCAGUUCCAGGGCACCUGGUACGUGGUCGGGGUGGUGUCAGAUGACCAGGGCUUCCUGGACUCCAAGGACAACAUGAAGAUGCCUGUGGUCUUAGUGACCCCCUUGGCCAACGGUGACCUGGGCCUCAAGUUUGGGUAUCCCACGCCAGACGGCGGGUGCCAGAAGAUGGACAUGACCUUCACCAAGGGGGCCACGGAGGGGCAGUUCAGCAACCCAGCCAUGGCCCAGACUGACAUCCGGGUGGCCUUCACGGACUACCAGCACUUCGCCGUGUUAUACUUCGAGACGCAGAAAGGGGGCGUGCGGAACGUCUGGCUGCAGCUCUACGCCCGAGCCCCGGAGCUGUUUCCCGAAGGCGCCCAGAAGAUGCAGACCCUGGCACCCCAAGUGGGCCUCAACCCCAGCGAGGGCGCCCUGCUGCCCAAGUCCGGUGAGCGCAGUCCCCGCCCCUGCUGGGAGGGCCAGGCCCUGGGGGUCACGCCCCUGACCCCAGACAUGAGACACAAGUGCCGGGGGCAGCUCUGCCUGUUUGACCCAGGGGAGGACGAGACAUUGCGCAGGCAGGUGCCCCGUGGGGGUCGCAGUUUGGGAGGAUGGGGGCUCCCCCACCCCAGGGAAAGGGGGCAGGGGGCGACUCCUCAGGCCCGCUCUCUCCCGCAGACCAGUGCGCCGGCGCCCUCUCCCAGUGACGGAUUCAGCCCGAGCGCGGCUGGGGCGAGCAGCCGCCGCGCACUCCGCGCACCGCGCUCUCCCUCGGAGCCCCGUUCUCUCCACACCCGGCCCGAGCUCAAUAAACGGUCUCAGAAAGCCUGUGCGCUGCUCACUACUGGGGGGCGGGCGCGGUAGAGAGUGGGGGCGGGGGCGGCUGGCAUCAGCGCGGGGCUCGGGCUUGGACCGCGCAGAGCCGACCUUCCUCCGUCGGGCGCGGAGGCCGGGUCCCCUCGCUGGGCGCGGGCUGGGCAGGCGUUCAGCCAGACCGACUGAGGCUCGGCUCUGCAGGAGGGAGGCUCAUCCCGGCGGCCGGGGAGGUCAAAGGGCUUUCCUGGCUCCCCGCGGACCCCGGACGCCCGGACUAAAGGUGUGGCCCCAGCUUAGCAGCCGAGCGCGCGGUGCGUUUAGUGCACCGACCCACGCCACGUGCGCCCCGGGCUCCGGCGGACGGCGCGGACGUGGUUGGCCUUCCGGAACCUCCCAGACUGCAGCCCGGAGCCUGUGUCUGGGCAGCUUCCCUCCCCAGGCGCCCCUGCCCGUGGCCCUAACUUCCAUGACUCCUGGCCCCAGGUGCCCACCCCAUUCCCAGCCCACUCACUACCUGCGCCAGCCUGGCCGCUGCAGAGGCCAAGUGCCUUGCACCCUCUGCCCU